AUGAAGAAGAACAAAAUCAAAAAAAAACAAAAACAAGAUGGAAAAGGUGGUCUGAAGUGCCCACGCUGCAACUCUUCAAACACUAAGUUUUGUUACUACAACAACUACAGCCUCUCCCAACCUCGCCAUUUCUGCAAGUCCUGCAAACGUUACUGGACUCUUGGUGGCUCUCUCCGCAACGUCCCCGUCGGUGGUUCUUCCCGGAAGAACAAACGCCUCAAGCCUCGCCACCACCUCUCCUCUCCUCCUCCUCCUCCUCCUCCUCCUCCUCUUGCUCCUCUACCAAAUCCUUUGCUUUUCACUACUGAUAUGAUGAUCACCACUUCUCUUGACAACAAUAUUAAUGAUCUUAGUCUCCCUUCCUUUCCAUCUUCUUCCAUUGAUGAGCAGCUUUCCAACCUUGGAUUAAAACACUUCAGCACCAACACUGCUGAUCACUUUGAACUACUUCUCUUCAUUUAA